AAUUAACUGAAGGUGCAUAUAUUUGUCAUAUGUUUGUCAUUUUGUUAAGAAAGUUAAGAAAAUUUUGUUAAUUAAAAUCAACAAAUCAAUUAAAAUACAAUGUUUGAUAAUGUCCAGAUAUAACGAUUAUUAUUUAGUUAACGAUGAAGAUGUAGAAUUAGACGAUAGUGUCGAUUUUAGAAUUACCUGCCAAAAACGAAUGUUAAAAAAAGUUUUUCAAAGAUUUUUGAUAAUAUGCUUUGUUGCAUUGAUUAUUACAUUUAUUUCGGUUUUUAUUAUACUUCCCCUUACUUUUAUGAAAACAGUGACACUGCAAGAGGACUUAAUAUUUACACAUUGGAACCUUCCUAUAAGUCGAAGUUAUUAUGAACAGUAUCCAUUUCCAGGAUUUAAAAAUCAUUAUAUAAAUGUAGAAGAUAUUGACAAUCAUACUAAUUUAACAUUAGGUCUAUGGCAUAUUCUACCAUUUAAAUUGGCCGAAAGUGCGAGAAAUAAUGCUAAUUAUGAUUACGAUGAAGCUUUGUUAAAUAGCAAUUAUACUGUUAUAUUAUAUUUUCAUGGCACUGGUGAGGAUAGAAGCCAAAGCCAUAGAAAAUAUCAGUUAUUUAGAAUGUUCUCUCAUGUUAUUGCAUUCGAUUACCGUUAUGGAGAUUCAUCUACUGGAAGUUUAUCUGAAAAAAAUGUAGUGUCUGAUUCUAUUCAAAUAUAUAACUGGGUUCGAAAAAAAACAAAAGCUUCAAUAUAUGUAUGGGGCCACUCUUUAGGAACAGCAGUUGCAACAAAUACAUUGUCCCAACUAGAGAAUAAUGGUAAUGCUUCAGGAUUAAUUUUAGAGGCCCCUUUUACAAAUUUAAAAGAUGAAAUAUAUGCCCAUCCUUAUCUUAAGUAUUUAUCGUGGCUACCAUGGUUUGAGGCAACAAUAAUUCAGCCGCUCCAAUAUAACUUGUUUCUAUUUAAUACUGACAAGCAUAUACAAAAAAUUAGUUGCCCAAUUAUGUUUUUACAUGCGAAAGAUGACACUGUCGUACCAUAUUAUAUGAGUGAGAAACUAUAUAACAUUACCUUGUCAAAGGAUAGGCAGGAAAUACAUUCAGUACUUCAUUUAUAUGACAGGUUCUUAAGAUUGGAUCAUUACUUUAUUUAUCAAGACCCACACACUCCGUUCUUUAUUUAUGAAUUUAUGAAAUUAGGUGUUAAGGGAGGUGAAGAAUUUUUUGAAGGCUCACAUCAAAGUUAGCAAACAGCUGUGAUAAGGAAGAUACUUGAUUUACAAGUACUUACUAUUUUUAUAAGUAUUUAUAAAAAAAUGCUAUACGUAGGCCCAAUAAUAUAUUGGGCAUCUGAUAAUGUAUUUACCUAUUGAUAUAUUAAUAUAAAAAAUAUACAAAAUAUAAUUAAUUUUAUUUUGAU